AUGGCUCUCAACAUCCCCGGGGUGACCGUGAUGAUGUUCUUCUACCUGCUGGUGCUCGGCAUCGGCAUCUGGGCCUCGGUGAAGUCCAAGCGGGAGGCCAAGAUGAUCCAGGGCGAUAAGACGGAGAUGGCGCUGCUGGGCAACCGGGGCAUCAACCUGGUGGUCGGCAUCUUCACCAUGACAGCUACAUGGGUUGGAGGAGGAUUCAUCGUGGGCACGUCGGAGGCGGUGUACAAUCCGUCCAUGGGCCUGAUCUGGGCCGUGAUGCCGGUGGCAGCGACCAUGUGCUUCAUCAUCGGUGGUCUGUUCUUUGCCGAGCCAAUGAGAAACAACAAAUAUGUGACCAUGAUGGACCCUUUCCAGAUCAAAUAUGGGAAAGUGCCGACGGCUGCUCUGUCGCUGGCCUCACUCAUAUCGGAGAUCAUGUGGGUGACAGGAACCCUCAUAGGAUUAGGUGUAACCAUGAGUGUGAUCUUGGAUCUCUCCUACACCGUCAGCAUCUGGAUCUCUGCUGCUGUGGCCAUCACCUACACUCUGAUGGGAGGUCUCUACUCUGUGGCCUACACUGACAUCAUCCAGCUCAUCCUCAUCUUCAUCAGUCUGUGGCUGUGUGUCCCUUUCGCGAUGAUUAACCCGGCUGUGACUGACAUCACGGAGACGGCCUACAAUUUCACCUUCCAGACUCCAUGGGUCGGGACCCUAGAGGCCGACAGAGCCUGGAGGUGGAUCGAUAACUUUCUUCUGCUGGGUUUGGGAAACUUGGGUCUCCAGAACUUCCACCAGAGGACGCUGUCCGCCGCCUCCUCAUCUACGGCCAAGAUCACCUGCUUCGCUGCGGCGAUCAUCGUGCCCACGUUAGGGAUCCCGCCCAUUAUCCUCGGAGCUGUGGCUGCAUCAACAAACUGGAACAUGACGUCUUAUGGAUCCCCGUCUCCGUUUGAGCGCGGGGAGACGGGACUCAUCCUGCCCCUCGUCCUGCAGCACCUCACCCCCACCUACAUCUCCAUCAUCGGCAUCGGGGCGGUGGCCGCCGCCGUGAUGUCCUCCACCGACUCGGCUCUGCUGUCUGCAGCUUCCAUCUUCACCUCCAACAUUUAUAGAAACAUCCUGAGGACACAGGCGUCAGACCGGGAGAUCGGGUGGGUGAUCCGGAUCUCGGUGGUGGUGGUGGGCCUGGCCGGCACCUCGCUCACCUUCCUGGACAACAGCGUCCUGAUGAUCUGGCUGCUCCGCUCCGACCUCACCUACACGCUCAUGCUGCCGCAGCUCGUCUGCGUCCUCUUCUUUCCCAUCUCCAAUGGUUACGGGGCCGUGCUGGGCUGCGUGACGGGCAUGUUGUUGCGGGUGUUGUGCGGAGAGCCGCUGCUUGGGAUUCCGACCAUUAUCAAAUUCCCAGGAUGCACUCUGGUAGACGGCGUCUAUGUCCAGCAGUCCCCGAUCCGAACCAUCUGCAUGCUGACGGCUUUGGUGUCCAUCUUGCUGUUUUCCUACCUGACGUCCCUGCUCUUUAACCGCGGACUGAUUCCUGAGAAGUGGGACUUUUUUGAUGUAAAGAAUCAGUACGCAAUACAAACACCAGGUGUCGUCAGCUCAGAAACCAAGGACUCAAACCUGCAGGAGCAAAACGAGAACAACGAGGCGUGUGAACCGAUGUUAGAAUCAACGUGUUAAGUGAGAAAUCGCAUUUUCUUCUGUUUGAACUGGUUAAAGAACAAAUGUUUGUAUUUUAUAUUUUACUUUUAUAUGAAAAAGAAAAACACGGCGUCUAUGCUCUUCGUUGUAAGAGCUCAGAAUGUUCUCUGCAAUUUUAUGCAGCAGUGAUACUUUCAAGCAUCGAAGGAUUAUACGACAUUAGACCCCUGAGCACAGACAAGUAGAAGACACCGCCCCAAAAUAAUCCUUGUACUCGUCUCACGUCUUUUGAUCAAGUUACUAAAACGACUGGUUAAAGAAUUAUAGCUGCUGGAAACUGCAGCUGAACUUCAGCUUCACAUAUUAUACACAAUUGUACAGAAUAACACAAAAUAUUAAGAGAAAAAUCGAGAAAACGCCAAAGCACUCUCCUUUAAACACGCCACAAUCAAAUUAAACCCAAAAUCAGAUGCGUUUCGCCAUAAAAUUCCCCCCCACCCGAACAAAAAGAAGAAUGUUUAUUCAACAGUUUAUUUAAUACGUAAAUGUUGGUGCAACUACGGCAGACGUGAAUGUCAUUUGGAAGAAGAUGACAUGAGUUCAAAUUUGUGUAUACUAAAAAACACUAGCUGCUGAAUCUGUAGAUUUACA